GAAUGCGCAACAAAGAACGGGAUCGCCGCUCCGCUCCUGGCCGAAGGCUGAAGUAGAGUCGAGGGACCCGGGAUUGUUCCGCACACGUCUUUUCAUCCGGGAUCCGCAAAAAAAUAAUAUUAAUUCUUAAUAAUAUGGGAAAACAAAGUAUCUACAUACUGUUUUUUGGGGUUUGUUUUAUCAAAACUUGCGCAAGUUUUUCCAAUACCACUGAAGCAACUUCAUCCAGCACUGGCAACACCACCUCCUGGAUCGAGAACUUCAGCGACAUCGAGUCGAAGUUCUCGCUAAGAACGGCCGACACCCCGGAUGAGGACCUGUGCUACAUCAUUCCCGGCCAACCGGACACCAUCGCGGGAUGUAACUUUAAAUGCGACUCACAGACCUUCGUGGUCAUCCAUGGAUGGACGGUGACAGGGAUGUAUGAGAGCUGGGUGGUGAAGCUGGUGAAGGCCCUGUAUGAGCGGGAGCCCUCUGCCAACGUGCUGGUGGUGGACUGGCUGGCGAGAGCCCAGCAACACUACCCCACAUCAGCCGCCUACACCAAGCUGGUGGGACGUGACGUGGCCAAGUUCGUCAGCUGGCUGCAGGCCGAGCUGAAGUACCCCUGGGAGAAGAUCCACGUGCUCGGUUACAGCCUGGGGGCUCACGUGGCAGGAAUCGCCGGCUUCCUCACCAAGCAGAGGAUCAGCAGGAUCACAGGCCUGGAUCCUGCCGGGCCCGGGUUCGAGUAUGCCGACGACCAGAGCACACUGUCCCCGGACGACGCGGAAUUCGUGGAUGUGCUGCACACGAACACCAGGGGGUCGCCGGACCGCAGCAUUGGCAUCCAGAGGCCCGUGGGUCACGUGGACAUCUACCCCAACGGGGGCACCUUCCAGCCGGGCUGCGACCUGCAGAACACAGUCAUGAUGAUCGCCACCUCCGGCUUCCACCACAUGGACCAGAUCGUAAAGUGUUCCCAUGAGCGCUCCAUCCACCUGUUCAUCGACUCACUGGUGAAUCAGGAGAAGCAGAGCCUGGCUUUCCGCUGCGGCACCAAAGAGGCUUUCAACAGCGGCCUGUGCCUGAGCUGCCGCAAGAACCGCUGCAACAAGCUGGGCUAUGAUGUCAGCAAGGUGCGCUCACGAAGGUCUGUGCGAAUGUUCCUGAAGACCCGCGAGGCCAUGCCCUUCAAAGUCUUCCACUACCAGGUGAAACUGCACCUCUUCAGCCAGCAGAAUCAGACCUUCGUCGAGCAGCCAAUCAAGAUCACUCUGCUUGGGACCAAUGGAGUGAAGGAGGACAUCGCCAUCGUUGUGCCUCAGCUGAGCACCAACAGCACCAUUUCCUUCCUGCUGACCUCCGACGUGGACAUCGGAGACCUGCUGAUGGUGAAGCUGGUGUGGGAAAAGGACUCUUUCCUCAGUUUGUCCAGCUGGUGGAGCAGCAACAGCUUCCUGGUCCGGAAGAUGCGCGUCAAAGCUGGAGAAACUCAAGCCAAGGCCGUCUUCACUGUCAAACAGGGGGACUUAGUACACCUUGUGAAAGGUGGGGAGGAGAUAGUCUUUGUGAAGUCUGAAGAGGAUGAAGCCAGCCGGAAGCAGAGACGGAUGCACAGACUGAAGAUGUAUGGGAGUUCCUUCAAACAAAGCACUAUGUAAAACUUCCCCCAAAGCCAGCGCCCUCCUGCUGGCCAGAGGCUGGUUCCUGCACAAUGUAGCUCUCUCUAAAUCAGCAUGUCUGUCUCACUGAAAUGUGCCCGCUCACUGAUUCUUUGUCCUUUGACAAUUUAAGCACUUUGGUAACAGUCUUCUAAUCAGUGAUGAAACACCUCAUUGCUGUCUUCCAGUCCUCAGUCCAGAACUAAGUGCACUCUGGAUUUUUAAACUGGACUUUUAAAACCGACAAGGGUUGAACGUGGAAUGUGUAGCCUUUGGACUUUCCCUUGAAGCUUGCAGUGGUUUCUCUUCUUCCCCUGCCUACUUGUUAGAGUGUACUGCAAACAUACCUGCUUAAUUUAUAUAUGUAUAGCACUUGUCUGAUUGUCCUCCAAGUGCUGCAGUGCCUAGAUGGGCCUGAAGUGCAAAACACAAAGUGUUAAUAAAACACAAAACAUCAAAGAAAGCACAAAAGUUUGAGAAAAACGCAAGACGGACAUUUUUGGGGGUUUCCUUAAUGUCUUGUGUUUUGCACUUCGGGGCCACCUUAGCAUUCAGAUAGAAUUUAGCUUCUUUCUUAGCUUUUUAGCAUUAGCUUGCAGGUGCAGCCUGUACUUUGUGGGCAUCAUUCACUGUCCAGUGUUGCUUAGAUCUGCUCUCCAGAUGUCCUAAGGUUACCUUUGGUCGCAUCAUGCCCAUAAUGACAUAAAGAUGAAUCCCCUCUUUAAGCAGACACGUUACCUCCAAUAGCAUAUUAGCCAUCCCAGUUAACUCCCAGGGCUGACUGUACAUGUGUCUCAAAUGUCUUUGGAAUGCAUGCUAUAUCUAGGCUCUUAGAAUAAUAAUAAUAAUUUAAAAAUGUGGGUCUCAAAGCUUCCCAUUGUUACACCAAAGGGACCAACCCAGGCAAUUGUCACAAAUUCCAUGGAAUGGUGCCAUUUGGGAUGCGAUUUCUCAAAUUUAGAUAAAACAAAUUGAAACUCACAUAUCCUGUCUCUUUUGUGUCUAUAACGUCAUUGGGCUUAGGGGGUGCAGUCAAGGUAUGGUUAUGAGUCCCCACAAGUCAGGGUUAACCAAAAAAAUCAUACAGCUAGUUCAGUAUGACUGUCUGCUAUAAGGGACUGACCUGAAAUCGAAGCUCAUGUCAGCCCUGGUACUUGAGUGUAUUACCUUCCAUGAUUAUUAUCUCUCCAAUAAUACUGCAUACUCUAUUUAUUGAAUGUAUGUGUAUAUUUGUAUAUUACGCUGUACAUAAUAUAUUUUUGCUAGGCUUCCAAAGAUAUCUAUUUUAUUAUCCUGUUCUUUGAAGUACUAUUGAGCUAACAUUCUGCUUUUGAAGGUCGAUUUCAUACAGAGGGAUGGGAAAGUGGGUUCGGUAGGCAUUUCUCCCGCCAAUGCGGGCUGUGUUUAUGUUUGUUUUGAGAUGCAAUGUACUGUAUUAAAGGGGAAACGUGGUACUGUAAUAAAGCUGGUAAAUCUCA